GACGCCUGAGGGUGUUUUGUUUAAGCACAUAUAUCACUUUGAUCGAAGCCAAAGGCUGACCACUGUUUCCACCGUCAACUUCUUCCUCUCACGCUCUUCUCAAACAUUUUGUGUUCUUCCUUCUCUCUCUCAGCUAAUCCCACCAUGUCCACGAUGAUAGAGAUCAGAGUUCCGAAUCUGGACUGUGAGGGAUGUGCUUCCAAGUUGAAGAAAGCUCUCAUCAAGCUUAAAGGAGUGGAUGAAGUGGAGGUGGAGAUAGAAGAACAGAAGGUGAGAGUGAGAGGGUACGGAGUGGAACUGGAGAAGAAGGUGCUGAAGGCGAUCAGGAGAGCGGGCAAGACGGCGGAGCCGUGGCCUUACUCUGGAACGCAGUCUCAGCUGACGACGUCGUUGCACAAGUACCCCACCUACAUCGUCAACCAUUACUACAACGAAUCCUCCAGAUCCGAAGCCUCCAGCGGCGUCCACGCCUUCUUCCACACUCCUUCUCUCUACUCCGUCGCUGCCUCUUCCGACGAGCCCUUCGCUUCCCUCUUCAGCGACGAGAACCCUCACGCCUGCUCCCUCAUGUAGCCAUGUUCAUGCCUUUAUCUAUCAUAUCAUCUAUAUAUUCUAUAUCUCUAAUUAAUUUUCCCCUGCAUAUGUUUGUAUCAGUAUGACACACUAUAUUUCCUGCAGUAGGCUUGUUUGAAUCGUGUUACAUUACGACUACGGUUUGUUGUAAAUUACUAAUGUCGAAUCCAAUGAGGACUGGGCCAUGCAUUGAAUAUUGAA